AUUUUUAAUAACAAUAUUUAAUAGAUAUUCAAUGGCAACAACAAGACAUUAAAAGCGCACAAAAACUUACACAUAUGUGAGAAAUGUGGAUGAAAAUCAAAGAAGUUUAAGGACAUAAUCAAGAUUGGAUAUUUUAGAGAGUGACUAUUACGAUUCACCAAAUAAAUUGGCGGAAGAAGAACUCUCUGAUGCAUCAGCAAAUAGAAAGAAAAGUAAGAUUUUAAGGAUGGCUAAAAAAAAAUAAAAUAAUACACUCAGAAAGAAUGUUAAUUUAAAGAAGAUGUUAAAAAAUACGCCAUUAGACUCUGAGUUUCUAAAUUUCUAGAAUAUAACUCCGAAAGCGAAACCAUAGUAGACUAAAUAAUGCAGUAUUUGUAGAUCUUAAGCCAAAUAUACAUGUCCUAGAUGCUUGGAAAGGUAUUGUAGUUUAGAUUGUCAUCAAACUCAUAAAGAGAUAUAGUGUUUAAGAAUGGAUUAUUGAUUUAAUAAUUAUUAUAUAAAGGAC